AUGUAUAAGUUUCUAGUAUAUGCGUCGUUAAUUUUACUAGUAGAGUCGGCUGGAAACGUGUGCACAAUAUCAACCGGUGAAAUAAAUAAACCAGCAAACUCUCAACCGUAUUACUGGCCUUCUAGUUGGAAUGAGAACAAAACAGCUCCUGCUCUCCAAGGAUCACAGAAGUGCACAUGGAAUGUGAAUGUGCCAGAUGGAUAUUAUGCAAAACUGAUUGUCAGUGGAAAGACUGGAGAUGCUGACUCAGAAUUCCAAUUCGCUGAUUCUGCUGGAAGAGUUUUAAUAACAACAACAGAAGGAUUGCAACCGUAUUACUUCCCUCCAAGAAUGUUUAUUGUCUAUUUGAAUGUUAUCAAUCCAGCCACAUUUGCAUUCAAGAUUACAUGGAUGAAACUCCCAACCAAGGUCACAAAAGCUUCCGCAAUCAGUUCCACUCCACAAUUGAUCAACGCUACCAACAAUGCGUAUUACAUAGGAUACAGUGCAGUGACUGGAGUUUCUUUAGUCUCAUUCCCACAAACCACCAAGGAUUUCUACUCACUCAGAAGUUCUCUUGUAUUUGAUGGAGAGAAUUUGAACACGAAUUAUGCUGCAAGUCUUUUCAUGAUUUAUCAAAACGAAUUGCAAUGGAUUUCAAACAGUCAGCACAUUUAUGUAGUGAACGUGGAAGCUAGUACUCACAGAGACAUGCUCUUGGUUCAAGAAGGCGGAUAUACCAGAGAUCUCCAUUAUGUCGAACUGAACCCAGUACUCAACUCCAAGUAUACUGCCAAUGUGGACAGCACGGAAAAGCAAACGACUCUCCUUUCUGCCACCUAUAUCCCCCAAACACUCACUGAUGUUCAGAUUUUGGAUUCCACAGCCGUCGUUGCUAUCAUUAAAGGGACUCCAACCCCAAAUAAUCGAGGAACGGAAUACACACAAGCACAGUUGAAGAAAAUUCUUCCAAUGAGCAUGUCGGCUGGAGUGGUUUAUCAAUUCAUUUUGAGCAAUGGAAAAGCCGUUUUCUCAUUCAAAGCUUGA